AGCCCCGCCCGUCCCGGCGUGCAGCGCGGCGGCGGGGGGCGGCACGGCGCAGCCGCGCUGGCGGACGGCGGCGCCAUGGCGGCGGCUAGACUCUGCGUAAUUAGGAGUAAAGUCUGCGUGGCACCAUCUUUGGGGAGAUGUCUGCAAAAUGAGUUCUGGACAAGCUUGUGGAAAAAAGAUAUUCGCCCAUCCUGCUUUUUCGGUACGUGGGUGCGCUCUCGGCCACAGAGCUGGCGCGUUAGCGGUGUUGGUACUUACCUUGGGACACGGCAAGUGCAAUCUGAGUGGUUGUGCAGUUCAGCCGCCGCUAGCGUGGUCCAGCCUAAGGCUGCGGAUGAGAAAACUGAAGAGUUCAGGCUGGUCUACAGAUUUCCAGGGAUUAAGUACUGUAGAGUGCUGUCGAGACUGAAGCUGCUACAGACUGCCAUCACCACAGUCACGCUGCCUCCUGUCUGUUACCUGUACCUGCACGGCCAGGUUUCUCAGGCUAUCCUGCUGUAUACAGCUGGCAUUGCUUGCUUUGCUGGUGUGAUGUUGUAUGGUAUGAGCUAUUUUUUCAGACGAAUCAUUGGACUAAUCUACUUAAAUGAAACUGGCAGUACUGUUAAAGUGGCCCACUUGACCUUUUGGGGAAGACGGAAGGACAUUGUGUGUCCGCUAGAGACGGUGAUGACUUUGGGUGAUGUUGGAGAUGGCAAAGGCGAGUUACUUCUCCAGUUCAAACGGUAUAAUAGUACAGAUAUCUUAUAUUUUACACUUAAGUUUGGCCAGAUUGUAGAUAAAGAGAAGUUUAUUCAAAUAUUUGGAGACCUUGAGUGAUGCAGCAACUGAUUUCAACCAAUUGUGAUUUUUUUGCAUGGUCAUUGUGCUUAUUCUUCUAUGAAGCUUAAUGAUUAUACCAAACUGACGCAAUUCCAUUGUUUUCCUAUGCAAAGUCUUCUGGUAAGUGAAAGCAGAAGUGGUGAAGGAUAAUCCCCGUAUAGUUUAAGGUAUAAGUAGGAUCACUUCUGCUCUGGAUACCCUACGUGUGCACAGUGUGCAGUCACUGGCAGCUCUAAAUCUAAGUCACCUUACUUGGAACAUGCAGCAGCAGGUGCAAUCACUGGUGCCCCCUCUUUCAGCUUGCUUCUCAGACUGAGUGUUUUUGAACGUUAAAAACUGUUGAAGGGAAAUGUAGUACCGUGUCAGAGCAUCCUCACUUUUAAUUGAUUGUUCAUUUUUAGGAAACUUUGGGCUAACAGAGAAGCCUCUUGAAAUUAAAAUUUUUCUCAUAUAAGCAUAUAAUAAGUAGUGCUAGAUGUCUCACAGAUAUACAGUCAUGCAUUAAUUAAAUUAUGGGAUAACUGGAAAGACUGAUAUAUAAUGCCGUAGCAGUUUUUCUACCAGAUAAAAUCAGUGUUAAAGAAACAAUACUUUGACCAGCUUCUUGUGAGUGCUCAUGGUGGGUGGAAGGGGUCUCUUGGCAAGCUCUUCAGGGAGGUGAACUAACUUGGCAAUGCAGGGGGUGCAAGCUGCAAGAUAAAUUGCCAGUUAGUUGUAAGGGUAAGUUAAAGACUGGGGCAGCAUUUCAGAAGCCUCUAACAGAAAUUGCUUUCCUACUGAAAUGGAGGGAAAAAAAUACACCUGAACCUGUCAGAGGGACAGCGUAUGAUCCUUUGAUCAGUGUUUUUUGUUUGUAUCCUAAUUUUGAAAACUUGGAAGUAUAUGCUCAUCAUUGCAUAUGUUCAUGUUGUGUUUGUUUUGGGCUAUAGAUAUGAAUGGUACGUUUAAUCAAUGCUGUAACACUUGAGUUGCAGAACCUGGAGUAAAUAUUGCAAAAUACCCUUCUACUUACUGGAUUUGGAUCCCCACCUCCCCUCCCUUCCACCCCCCUCCAGAAUCUGGGUUAACUUAAAAGGUAAAACAACUAACUACACAUGGUGUAUUAGGGCUGAAAGUCUAACAGGUGUGGUUUGUGUUCUGUCAAAUUGUAGAGUGGAUCACCUUGGCACCUGUGUGCAUGAAGCACAGUGGUUUUAGUCUGUGGUGUCAGUAGCAGUCUUCCUUCGCUAAAAUCAAGACCUAGCUAGAAAUGAGAGGCAGGGUUUAACCCCAAGAAAGAAUCAAGCCUGAUCACUUGUAACAUGUACUUUUUUUUUUUUUGAGUUGUCAGAUGCAAGUUUACUACUUACACAACAGCUCUUCAAGCUCUUACUUCCAUUGAAACAAUGGCAAAUAAAAUUAAUGCUCAGCGA